GAAGUGCUCCCGUUUGUCAUUGUGUUCAUCUUCACGUUAGUUCGUUGUUUCAACAUGCAACCUUAGAAUUGUCCCCAUGCAGCAGCGGGAAGAGAAACAACUGGAAGCUUCGCUGGAGUCGCUCAUCACUCAGGUGGCGCACGUGAAGAACGCGCUUCACUCCUUCAUCUUCAAGCUGGAGAACGAGUACGAGCGACUGACAUGGCCGUCCGUCCUGGACAACUUCGCCCUUCUUUCGGGUCAGCUGAACACCAUCAAUAAACUCCUCAAGAACGAGAAGACGCCGUCGUUUCGCAACCAGGUCAUCAUCCCGCUGGUGCUGUCUCAGGACCGCGACGACGAUUUGGCGAAACUCACCGAGCUGCGCGUGCCCAUCUUCAACCACGAGAUCGUUCCGGACUACCUGCGCACCAAACCCGACCCCGAGGUGGAGGAGCAGGAGAAGCAGCUGAGCGUGGAGGCGGCUCGCAUCGGCCCGGAAGCGGCACAGAAACAAAUCCAGACGCUGAAUAAGUUGUGCUCCAAUCUUUUGGAGAAGCUCAGCAACCCUCGUGACGACAGAGACGCAGAAAGCUUAGCCAUGCGACAGAACAAAGCGUCCUUUAACCCGGCCGACACCAACGCUCUGGUCGGAGCCGUGGCCUUCGGGAAGGGCCUCUCCAAGUGCCGGCCGCCCGGGUCCCUGCCGCCGGGACAUCCCGGUCAAGGUCCCAUGAUGAGCGGCGGCCCCACCUUGCAGCAGGUUACCAUCGGUGGUGGGGUGGGCCAGCAGGGGGCGUUGGGAGGACCGGUGCCCAACCAGCAGCAAGGACAGCCAGGAAAGAUGCCAGGCAGCAUCAAGACCAACAUCAAGUCGGCCUCGGGCUCCAUGCACCCUUACAGCAGAUGAGUCUCCACUAGCCAUCUGUCACAUCUACAAGUCAGCCACUAGAUGGCAGCAAGUCCCAAACAAGUUUUGGCUUUAUUUCCUUGUCAUGAUAACGUCUAGCAACCAUCAUAUAUUAAAGUUAACUUAAGGAGUAUUACGUCUUGUCUACCUAAUAUUAUGGGUCUACCUAAUCAUUUGUAGCCUACCAAAUUUGGUCUCAUGUCAUGUACCCAAUGCUUUGUAUUCAAGUGUACCUAAUACAUUGGGCACACCUAAUUUGGGUGUACCUAAUAUUUUUUCAGCA